UGAGUUUUGUGUCAAUUCAUCGCUACUACCAAAAAGUGUCAUCUAUUAUAUUCUUAUCUUUACGUAGAAACUGCUGUCAUUUGCAAUAAUAGGCAGCAUUGUCAAAGCUAUGGAAACUUCUGACUCUAAAGGAGGAACUGCAAUUCAAAAGCUUAUCGAAUCGCUAAUCAAAAAACGGGCAAACUUAAAGGACUGGAUACAAAAAGCAAGGGACUUCUAUAGGGUUCGGGAUUUGGAAAGUUUCGAAGAGCUCUUGCAAAGUGCAAUCACCCAUGGCUACAAGACUUAUGCGGGAUACAAGGAUGAUCUACUUAAAAUUUAUACGAUGCUUGCAGGCCACUUCGUACGUCUUAUCAGCAAGUCGCUGGGAGGGCCGCACUCAGAGUGGCAGGCGAAAUUGUCGAGCAUUGUAUUGGCAAUGGAUGAGUUGAAAAUAGGACCCACAGAUGCUCAAUUUCUGUUGUGCCGCGGAUUUGAUCUAAUGGUGACCAACACACGGUUAGCCGAAGCAGACCAAUGCUUUGCAACCGUUCUCCAACGAAUACCACACAAUGUGGCGGCGCUCCUAGGACGCAGUUGCUUGGCAUACCAGCGCCAGGAUUAUCGUUUGGCGUUGGGUCACAUAAAGAGCGUAUUCUACAACUUCCCACAAGGACCCGCUGAUGUGCGCGUUGCUAUGGGUCAUUGCUUUCUGAAAAUAGGCAACUUUGACAGUGCUCGUCGUGCCUUUGAGGUGGCAGUGUCCAGCAAUGGACAUAGUUUGAAUGCUCUGCUUGGCAUUGCCCACUUGAAGCUUCGCAAGAGACAACAGGCGGCUACCAAGGAUGCCGUAAAUUUGCUAUGUGCCGCAUUUGAAAUGGACUAUCAACACCCUCUCGUGCUCACGUGGCUGGCCGCUCAUUUUUACUACUCCCACGACUAUGACAAGAUGAAAUCAGCGGCUGGAACUGCAUAUCGACUCACAGACAAUCCACAGCUGAAGGCACAAAACUGCUUUCAAAUUGCACGCGGCUUGCACGUGAAUCGGAACUAUGAAGACGCAUUUGCCUUUUAUAGAAAAGCAGUGACGCAUUCUCCCGCCGGCUAUGUGUUGCCCUAUCUGGGACUGGCACAAAUGUGCGUACGACUCAAUCGUCUUGAUGAGGCAGAAGUUGCAUUACGCACGCUCCUGAGAGCGCUACCUCAACAGACGCAGGCAUUGCGCAUGCUGGCUGCACUUUACGCUCAACGGGAGGAUCCAGCUGCGCAGGACAUGGCAAUACAGUUGUUCAGAAAGGCACAGCGAGAGGAUGACUACUGCAGCCACCUCAGCUUGGCAGACAUCUAUCAGCGCAAGCAACUUUGGCAAGACGCCAUCGAUUGCUAUGACAAGGCAAUGAGCACUCAUCGACGUCUGCACAGCACACACAAUUUACCCAUUAAUUGGCUGAACAAUGUUGCUGCUCUUCAGAUGCAUUCGAACCAACCGAAAGCUGCGCUGCGUACUUUGGACAAAGCUCUGGCAAUGCGAGAUGAUGCGUCCCAAGAGCAUUGGCAGAGCAACAUGCUCACGCUGAGAUUUAACAGAGCACGUGUGCUGGAGGCGCUGCAUUUGGACGAACAGGCUGCCCAAAGCUACACUCAAUUGAUUUCCGAGUAUCCAAGUUAUUGCGACAGCUAUGUGCGAUUGGGCCACAUGGCCAUCAAACGCAAUCUAAUCAACGCUUUCGAAAAUGAUAAAGUCCCCGACUUUGAUCUACCUGACGAAAUCUUAGAUAUGCUCACUCAGCAUUUGAAGAAUAGCAAAGGUCCAUUGCCGUGGCUAAUUUAUGCUUUUCAAAAAAAUGAACGUAAUGUGUGGGCAGCAAAUGGACUUGGUGUUGUGCUUUGUAUAACCAACCAAGUGAAGCAGGGCCAGACAAUAUUCCGGAGAAUUGUUAAGUCGGGCAACAAAUGUCCCGAAGCAAUAUUAAAUUACGCUAAUGUAGCUCUCGAGUUGAAUAAUUAUAAAAAGGCAAUUGCUAGAUAUUUGAAUUGUUUGCAAUUGCUACCACAAAACUAUCACGCCAGAGUGAUGCAUUUUCUGGCAAAAACUUAUUUUCAAACUGGACAAGUCAGCGAGUCAAAGCAAAUGCUCCUUAAGUCUCGUCAUUUGGCACCCCAUAAAAUGAUGCUGCUUUAUAAUCUCUCCAUAACAAUCAAACAAGAAUGUGGCCUCGUAUUCGCCAGCAAAUCUCCUGAGACAGAAGAAUUCAAGCGAGCCAAGCGAGAUAUAAAGCAGGCCAAUCGCUUCUUUGAGUAUUUGGGUAACGUGGAUGAAUCCUUUCAUUUGGCCAAAAGGCUGGCGAGGAAAUGUAAACUUCUGCGAUUCCAUGAAUGGAAGAACGAAGAUAAUAAUAUUGAUGAGGAACCGCCUGUUAAACGUAGAAAAGAAAUGGAUAGAGAAAAGGAAAACUCAAAUUCUGCUAAAGAUUGGGUAGGAAAGAAGAAGAAUAAUCGUGGGAAAGAAAUUGAGAAGGGAAAGUGUGAAGAAUAUAAUCAGAAAUCGGAGAAAUCGUUAGAAAAACUGUUUCGAAUGGAUGGAAAUGAAAACGCAACGGAAUAUAAAAACAGUGCUAAAUCUGUGAGAAAAUCAAUGGAAGGCAAAAAGAAUCGUAAGAAUAAGACUGAUCGCAAGAAUAAGACUGAUCGCAACAACAUGAACACUGAUUAAAUUAAGUAUUCAAGUAAUGAUUUAAUGUUGUUGUAUUUUGUCGAAGUCACAAAUAAAGCAAUGACAUUUGAUGUCCAGCAAAUGUUGUCAUUUGCACUC